ACUUCAUUAAUGUGCAUCAUUAACCAUAAUCACAUAUUAAUUCAUCAUCUUAUUCUCUCCAUUUAAUUACUCAAGGUGAUGAAGUUUUCAAUUCUCUACAUUUUGGUCCUCUUUGUUUCAUUAUCAAAUCCAUCUUCUGCAUCAGAUACAACCUUCAAUGUGUUGAGCUUUGGGGCCAUUGGCAAUGGCGUGACAAACUCAACUCAAGCCUUCCUUGAUGCAUGGAGCGCAGCAUGUGGCUCGGCCAGCUCGACACUAAUAUAUGUGCCUAAAGGGAGGUAUUUGCUUGGUUCUAUGAUCCUCAAUGGCGGCUGCAAGAGCCCGGGAAUCACCAUUAUGAUAGACGGGACGCUGGUGGCGCCGGUGGACUAUCAUGCACUGGGUUCAUAUUGGCUUAGCUUUCUAGGGGUCAGCGGUGUUUCCAUCAUUGGUGGCGCACUUGACGCUAAGGGGUCGGCAUUGUGGGCUUGCAAGGCUCCUGCUUCCAUGGAAAGCCACAACCCUUGCCCAGAUGGUGCCACGAGCCUCAGUUUUACAAAUUCCAAUAAUAUUACAAUCAAAGGUUUGAUGUCUCUCAAUAGUCAACUGUACCACAUCGUGAUCAAUAGCUGCCAAAACGUGGCGGUGGAAGGGGUUACAACAAUUGCCGCCGGCGAUAGCCCCAACACUGACGGUAUCCAUGUUCAGCUGUCCAGCUACGUGCAGAUCACCAACUGCAUCAUCAAGACAGGAGAUGAUUGCAUCUCCAUUGGCCCCGGCACCGAGAACUUGUGGAUUGAACAUGUCAUCUGCGGUCCUGGUCACGGCAUUAGCAUAGGAAGUUUGGGUAAGGAUUUGAAAGAGAGAGGGGUGAAAAAUGUAACAGCAAAGCAAACAAUUUUUGUGGGCUCCCAAAAUGGGCUGAGGAUCAAAUCAUGGGCCAGGCCCAGUAGCGGAUUUGUUCAAGGCAUUCGUUUCUUAGGAGCCAUAAUGAAAGAUGUCCAAAACCCCAUCCUCAUUGACCAAAAUUACUGCCCUCACAACAUAAGUUGCCCCGAACAGGCAUCUGGAGUAAGGAUCAGUGAUGUGUUAUAUCAAGGAAUUCGAGGAACAUCUGCAACACCAGUAGCCAUAAAAUUUGAUUGCAGUGUCAAGAAUCCAUGCAUGGGGAUAAGAUUGCAGAACGUUGAUUUGGCAUACUUGCAAACUGAAAUGACUCAAUCGUUUUGUGCCAAUGCGGUUGGAAAGGUUUUGGGUUUGAUUAGACCAAAUAGCUGCCUCUAAUUAUAGACCAAAAUGUUGACAUGUACGGAAACAUGCUUGUAAAUGGGAAAGCUAAUCAUUCUACAACAGAAUGUAGAACAUAAUUUUGGACCAGUUCCUCAGGGUGCUAUUCUCUCCUUGUCCUCCUCGAUUAAAUCAAGGCCUGCAAGCAACUCUUCUAGCAGGAUGGAAGGCAAAACCUCCAAUUCCAAAGUAGUCAUGGAAUAAAGUUUGGCUGUGAAA